CCGCGAGCUCAAAAGCGCUCGGUCCCGCAAAGUGAUGCACGAUUCGGCGAAGUGCUUCCUGCGGGAGGUCCCCCCGCGAGCGGCGAUGAACGAGCAGGGGCUCGAGGAGCGACUGACUCGCUGAGCGACCGAGAGAAGAGGAGGAGGCGCCGGCCGGCCGGCCGAGGGAUGCGCGCUGCCCCGCGCCCCUACAGGAAGCCCGCCGCCCGCCCGCGCGCCGCCGCCGCCGCCGCCGCCGUUGUUCCCGUGCACGAGCUGCCCUCCGUCUGAUGCGCCUCUUCCCGUCGGUGGCCCUCGCGCACCCCUAACGCAGAGAGAUGUUCUCGCACCAGCUGUACGUCGGCGUGCUGGUGGCGCUUUGCGUCGGCGGCGCGCCCCGCCGCGCGUCCGCGGCCGCGUGCGAGCCCAUCCGCAUCCCCAUGUGCAGGUCCAUGCCCUGGAACAUAACGAAGAUGCCGAACCACCUGCACCACAGCACGCAGGCGAACGCCGUGCUCGCCAUCGAGCAGUUCGAGGGGCUGCUGAGCACCGGCUGCAGCCCGGACCUGCUCUUCUUCCUGUGCGCCAUGUACGCGCCCAUCUGCACCAUCGACUUCCAGCACGAUCCCAUCAAGCCGUGCAAGUCGGUGUGCGAGCGCGCCAAGUGCGGCUGCGAGCCCGUCAUGCGGAGGUACAACCACACGUGGCCCGAGAGCCUGGCGUGCGAGGAGCUGCCCGUGUACGACCGCGGCGUGUGCAUCUCGCCCGAGGCCAUCGUCAAGGCGGACGGACCCGACAGGUGCAAGUGCAAGACGGUGAGACUCGGGUCCAAGACGUAUUUGAAGAACAACUACAACUACGUAAUUCGAGCCCGAGUGAAGGAGAUCAGAACCCGAAACCAUGACUUCAGCGCCAUCGUCGAAGUUAAGGACAUCCUGAAGUCGUCCCUUGUCAACAUCCCCCGUGACACGGUGACGCUGUACUACAAUUCGGGCUGCCUGUGUCCGCCGCUCGCCGCCAACGAGGAGUACAUCAUCAUGGGCUACGAGAGCGAGGAGCAGUCCAGGUUGCUGCUCAUCGAGGGGUCCAUCGCUCAGAAGUGGAAGGACCGGAUGGGCAGGAAAGUGAAGCAGUGGGACCAAAACCUUCGAGAGCACGGCAAGGCGAACUCGGGGAGGAACGGCGUGAGGAGAGGCCGCCACUGAAGGCCGAGGCGUCUCCCCCCGGGGGAUGCGGACGUCGUCCGAAGACCAGCGUUUCCCAAAAAAAGAAACUGAAAAUUUGCACUAUUGCACACUUUUUUUUUUUUUUUAAAAGUUGUCUUCAUGUUAAUUGAACUUCGGUUUGAAUGUAGGUUGUGUUUCUGUUUAUGUGCUUUCUUUUGCUUUCCAUUUUAUUGCUUCCUUUUGCUUAAACGUAACCGUACCGCCUUUUGUCGGCAUUGACCACGGGGGAGGUGGUGCAGGAGUGUCGGGCUUUUAUUCGAUGACUCCAUGCACCACCCCCACCCCACAUCCCGCUGCGUCCCUUCAGCUCCGUGCCUUCAGCCUCAAGACGAGGUGAUGGGGAAUGGGUAGUGGGGAGAGAGCUGUCUCUGUCUCUCUCUCACGCACACACUAAAAAGAGCUCUCACGCAGGAGUCCCAGCGUCUCUGUCACCGUGGACGACAAAACCGACUUUGGUCCCUGCUGCGAAGAUGCUCCGAAGGGGCGCGAUCCCCUCGCCGGUGUGCGACGUCGCUUCUGCACGUGCCUCAGACUUAGUUGUUCUAUUUCUCGAAGGCUCGCCUUGUAAAAACAUAGUAACUCGCGUCGGUUCAUUCGGUCGCUUCGGCUGUUCUGUGGUUUUUCUGCGGCGGGUCCGAUGCUUGAACUUCUUUGAGCCCCCAGGGUGAGCCACCCCUCCGCCUCCGCUUGUACAGCGCUGUACUCGUAUAUCGCGCUUGAAGAGCUGGUAAUCAAGCUGUAAACCUGGUAUAAGGAUUUUUUUUUUUUUUUUUCUUCCUCUUUCUUUAGUGGAACAUAUAGGACCGAUGAGCAAGUUGCUCGGAUGCAAAUUUAAAGCAACAGCAGCGCAGAAACGCUGAACGCGUUCUCGGGGGCGGGUUCGCGUGCAGCUGAUGGACAUGAACGGUCAGUAGUUGUCGGUGACCCCAGGGAGCCUGUGCUCUACAGGACCCCCGGGAUCACCGCACACGGGGCCCGUGUCUCUGCUCGGCGUGGGGGGGUGCGGGAGGCAACAGGCUCCGCCCAGGUGCUCUGAUCCGCUCUUCCGGCCCAGGGGACCCCGGUGGGCCGCGUUGAUGCUCCACGGAGGAGAGGCAGGCGGCUUUAUAGACCGCGGUGGUGAAAUAUAAUGCUGUGCACCUUCACAAUGCAGUAUGUAACUUAUCACCUUACUUGUUAUGUCCAAAGUAGCUUAUCAACUCUACGCGGUUCUGAGAAGGAGGGCAGGAGGCAACGGUGGUUAAGGGACCGGUUGAAGUGUCGGUUGGGGCCCAGCUGCGUAAAAGGGGAAAAGUGUCAUUUCGAACUAUGUAAGUCGCUCUGGAGAUGAGAAGCAACUCGAUAAUAAAAAAAAUGAUGCGAUAAA